AUGCUUCAAACACGAACACUUACACCAUUAUUUGGCAAUCCUUUCUAUUCACAGGUAAAUGAGCGCCCGUCUUACUCCACCCAUGCAAAAACGAACUUUACAUCUGAUACGUCGACUCCGGCGCCUUUUGUAAGCGAUAAAGGACAAUCAAAUGUGAACCCUACGUACACUACAAAUUUUGGUUCACAACGACACCACACAGCUCAGAGUGAUACGCGUCAGCCUGCAGCAGCUCAAAACUAUAGUUUCAAUAACGGAGCCACCACGACUGCCUAUAAAUCUGGUUCCGGAGGACUACCACUUAAUCAAGCUACGUAUAUUCAGACAUCUCAUUCACCAACUCUUCAUCCUGGUGGUGUUUCUCCUGGGGGAACUAAAGUUCCGUACCGCUCACCUUCACCACGAACACGAAACGAACUUUCUCCUUAUGCUUCUGUCCAGCAUCUUCAGUAUAAUUCGCCUAUGAACAUUUAUUCCGUUGAAUCGGCCGCUGAACAAUACACCCAACAAACAGGAAGACCCACAGAGUGAGU